CGAGCGUCCUGGGGCGGGACUUCCGGCGGCGCUGGCGAGCGCCUUCCGGCCGCGCGCGAGGGUGGUCCGGCCGGCCUCCGGGACAUGAAGCCCCCUGGACUCGGAGCUUGCACCCCCUGCGACUGCCCACCAUGAAGGCGCUCCUCCGGGUGCUCUGGCUCGCUCUGGCCUGCGGCUCUGCUCACACCACCCUGUCAAAGUCAGACGCCAAAAAGGCCGCCUCCAAGACCCUGCAGGAGAAGACUCAGUUCGCAGAGAAGCCUGUCCAGGACCGGGGGCUGGUGGUGACGGACCCCAGAGCCGAGGACGUGGUUCUGGAGCAUCGCAGCUACUGCUCGGCCAAGGCCCGGGAGAGGCACUUCGCUGGGGACGUCCUGGGCUACGUCACUCCGUGGAACAGCCAUGGCUACGAUGUCACCAAGGUGUUUGGGGCCAAGUUCACACAGAUCUCACCCGUGUGGCUGCAGCUGAAGAGGCAUGGCCGCGAGAUGUUCGAGGUCACGGGCCUCCACGACGUGGACCAAGGGUGGAUGCGUGCGGUCCGGAAGCAGGCCAAGGGCAUCCGUAUAGUGCCUCGGCUCCUGUUUGAGGACUGGACGCAUAAGGACUUCCAGAGCGUCUGGGACAGCGAGGACGAGAUCGAAGAGCUCAGCAGGACCUUGCUCCUGGUCGCCAAGAGCCAGCAUUUCGAUGGCUUCGUGGUGGAGGUGUGGAGCCAGCUGCUGAGCCAGAAGCACGUGGGCCUCAUCCACCUGCUCACCCACAUGGCCGAGGCGCUGCACCAGGCCCGGCUGCUGAUCAUUCUGGUCAUCCCUCCGGCUGUCACCCCUGGGACCGACCAGCUGGGCAUGUUCACAAACAAGGAGUUGGAGCAGCUGGGCCCUGUGCUGGACGGAUUCAGCCUCAUGACCUACGACUACCCCUCCCCGCAGCAGCCCGGCCCCAAUGCUCCGCUGUCCUGGGUGCGAGCCUGUGUCCAGGUCCUGGACCCCAAGUCCAAGUGGCGGAGCAAGAUCCUCCUGGGGCUCAACUUCUACGGCAUGGACUACUCGGCCGCCAGGGACUCCCGCGAGCCAGUCAUCGGGGCCAGGUACAUCCAGACCCUGAAAGAGCACAGGCCGCGGAUCGAGUGGGACAGCCAGGCCGCAGAGCACUUCUUCGAGUACAAGAGAAGCCGAGGAGGGAGGCACAUCAUCUUCUACCCGACUCUGAAGUCCGUGCAGAUGCGGCUGGAGCUGGCCAGGGAGCUGGGCGUCGGGCUGUCCAUCUGGGAGCUGGGCCAGGGCCUGGACUACUUCUACGACCUGCUCUAGGCUUCUCAGCAAUGGACGCACAGGCGUGGGAAAUACAGACCUUUCUCCGCCUUC